GAAACCACCUGAAUUAUCUUGAAAAAUUUAAAUCUUUAUUCUCUGAACAGUACGAACAAGAAAUUAAUAGACUAACCAACACAUCCAUAACUCAACAACUCAGAACAUCAAACGCCUAUAGAGAAAUCAUAAAACAAAUCCUAACAAACUUAAAUAACAUAGAACUUUAUGAAUUAAUUCUCAUUCCUAGAAAGAAAAACUCAAACAAUAGAUCUACACAGUUCACUAAUGCUUGA